ACCAGGGGGCGCUAUCACCAAUACGCUUCGGCACCGAGAAGUGUCAAUUAUAUUUGUGUGCAGCGUCAAACUUUUAACAUAGCAACCGGAGGAAAGAUUAAUUUCCAAGUUUUUUGGAAUUAAUACGAAAUAUCAACAGUGGUCAAUAUUUACCUAUGUGUAACUUAUUAGUCUGUUAAUUGGGAGCUACUUUUUUCUGCAAGGCACGGCGUUUUCCAUCAAUCGUAUCCUUCUAUCAAUUUCGGCAUUUUUAACAAGACGCAUCCCUAACCUCAACCAGUCGGAACAUCGGUCACCAGAAUGUCACACACCAUUUUGCUGAUACAACCGGGUCAGCAUCCCGAAACCCGCACCUACUGUGAUUAUGAAAGUGUUAACGAGUGUUUGGAGGGUGUGUGCAAGAUCUAUGAGGAACAGCUGAAACGAUCCCACCCGAAUACGCCGACCAUCACCUACGACAUUAGCCAGCUUUUUGAUUUUGUCGAUCAGCUUAUAGAUCUUAGCUGUCUCGUGUACCAGAAAUCUACCAACACCUACGCUCCGUACAGCAAGAAGUGGAUAAAGGAGAAAAUUUACGUACUAUUGAAACAGGCGGCCGGCAACACCGCGUAACGUUGUAUCAAUUACUGUAAAAUGUUCCCAUACUGUAUUGAUUAUCUAAGGUCGGAUAAAUAGCAGAACCGAUAACACUCUACUAUUCUGCGUGUCCGAAUUAGAGCCUCGUCCCCAAUAUGCAGAACUAUAUCCCUAGCCAUUAGGCAAGAGAAGCCAAAACCGACAACGGUUGAAAUAGUUAUGUACAAAACGACUAUUACUUAUAGUUUUAUAAUCCCUUUUUGUUUUUUUCUUUUUCUCUGCGCUCACUAAAUUGUGUAAGAAGAAAUGUUAAAUAUGUAUUAUAGAAAAAGAAACAUACAUUAACUAAAUAAGCACGAGCGUGAACCAAUCUUCGUAGGAAUAGAGAAAAUGUAACAAUGAAAUACUUAUUUGUGAACUCGAAACCUUUUCUUAAGAUGCUGAAAUAAACGGAAUAGGUUUAACAAAAUUGAAUUUCAAACCUGUUUUUUAACAUUUAUUGAACUAUCACGGUUGAUAAAAGAUAUUGUUUUUGAUAUGAAACAAAAAAUAAAGCGUCAUUAAAAUUUGUACACUUGUUUGCUAUUUCAUCCUUCAAAACAUGUCUUAUGAGAGUAUUAUUUACGUCGAACCAAUUAGAGGAUUGUGAAAACAUGAAACAGUCAAAUCUAUCUACACCAAUUAGGUACCGUUGCUACAUUUCCAGUGAAAGAAAAACAAUCAUAACAA